AUAUAAUAUUUUUUUUACUUUAUAUAUGAUUAACCAGUAAUAUGAUAUAAUAUGGACGACAAAGAAAAGCAACCGGUUAUUAGAACAGACAGUGAGGUUUCACGGGAUACGGGAUCAGUCGGUAGUCAGGAUCGACCGACAAGACUGCCGGUGGAGAUCACCGACAAAGGUUAUGCUUUGGGCGAAAAGAUUGGCUCCGGUGGAUACGCCACGGUUUAUAAGGCCACGUGUUCAAAAAUGCCCGACAAACAGUUGGCCUGCAAGUACUUCGAUCUAACAAACAACCAGCAAAUCGUUUGGCGGGAAAAGUGUCUGAAAAACGAGUUGAAAAUCGUCCGAAAGCAUAAACACCAGCACAUUGUCCGGACGUACGAUGUAUUCAAAACCAGUCAUCACGCCUACAUAUUUAUGGACUUUCUGGCCAACGGUUCGAUUGGCGAUUAUCUCGAACGAAAAAAACGACCGAUAGAUGAAAAACGGGCAAAAAAGUGGUCGCACGAUAUGUUAGAAGCGUUGGUCUAUUUGCACAGCAAAGGUGUGGCCCACAGGGAUAUCAAACCGGAUAACAUAAUGUUGGACAACGAUUUUAGCGAUGCGUUGCUCACCGAUUUCGGGUUUUCCUGUUGUCUAACCAAUAAUCCCAGCGAUCGGCUCAUGAAGGGUACGAUAUGCGGUACACCGAUCUACAGUGCACCGGAGGUACUGUCGCUCGCCGAAGGCAUGGCCUACGAUGCAAAACAGGCCGACAUGUACUCAAUGGGUGUUACACUGUUUGAAAUGCUAGACUAUGACAAGCCGUUUGGCAACAGUGUUGAGAAAACUAUGGAUUAUGUGUCCAAACAAAUUAACCGGAAAUAUAAAUUUAAAAAAGAUGUAUCACUUGUGGCCCAGAGUCUGUGUAAUAGUUUACUGGAACCCAAACCCGACAAACGAAUGACGUCCAGUGCAGCGCUGGAGCACAACUGGUUCAAGUGAUUAAUAUUACCGAUUAUAACAUCAUCCCAGAGUGACCAACAAUACAGACUAACAAACAAAAUACUUUAUUAUUUCAAACACUGUACUGUAUUUAUCAUA